GGACUCUCAACUAACAACCAUAACUCUCUGAUAUAAACUGAUAUCUCAUAUGACCAUAUUAGUUCAGAAGUGACUAUCAGUACUAUUACGGAUUCACUAUAUACUAACUUCGAUAUUAGGCACCUGCGCACGACUCGACAUCUCAAAAGAAAAUCUCUGCCUCAUUGAAUUUUUCACUAUAUAGAAAAGUUAGUAUAGAUAACAAUCAGAUCUUAUUCAAUUGCACAGUUCAUUAUCAUGGCUUCUGAUUCAGCAACUGAUAAGGCUACAUUGCCAUUUACCGAACAACACUACUUUUCAUCAUAUGACCAUUUUGGUAUUCAUGAAGAAAUGUUAAAAGAUACUACUCGUACUUUAAGUUAUAGAUCAGCCAUGUAUAAGAAUAAAGAUUUAUUUAAAGAUAAAAUUGUAUUGGAUGUUGGAUGUGGUACUGGUAUUCUUUCUAUGUUUGCUGCUAAAGCAGGUGCCAAACAUGUUUAUUCAGUAGAUAUGUCUAAUAUUAUUGAAAAGGCUAAAGAAAUUGUAUCAUUAAAUGGAUUUGAAGAUAAGAUAACUCUUAUUCAAGGAAAAUUAGAAGAUAUUACAUUACCAGUUGAUACAGUUGAUAUUAUUGUUUCUGAAUGGAUGGGAUACUUCCUUUUAUAUGAAUCUAUGUUAGAUACUGUAUUAUAUGCUAGAGAUAAAUAUUUAGUUGAAGGUGGUCUUAUUCUUCCAGAUAAAUGUAAUAUGUAUAUUGCUGGUAUUGAAGAUGGUCAAUAUAAAGGUGAAAAAAUUCAUUUUUGGGAAGAUGUUUAUGGAUUUGAUUAUUCUCCAUUUAUUGAUGUUGCUAUGGCUGAACCAUUAGUUGAUACUGUUGAAAAUAAUUCUUUAAUUACUACUCCAUAUAAAUUCUUUGAAUUUGAUAUUAAUACAGUUACUAAGGAACAAUUAGCUUUCCAUUCCAAAUUCGAAUUAGAAGCCAUUGAUAAUGAUUUAUGUCAUGCCUAUAUUGUUUAUUGGGAUGCUAUUUUCCCUGGGAAGGAAACUGUUACUUUACCUACUGGUCCAAUGAAUAAUUAUACUCAUUGGAAACAAACUGUAUUCUAUAUGGAUCAUGUAUUAGAUCUUAAAAAGGGUGAUAAAAUCCAAGGUAGCAUUGCUUCAAGACCUAAUUCUCAUAAUCCAAGAGAAUUAGAUAUUGAAAUCGAAUGGAAUUUAGAAACUACCAGUAAGGAUAAAUCAAGAGAUAAAACUGGUAAAUAUAACUAUUUCAUGCGUUAGUGUAUAUUAGUGUACAUAUAUUUUUAACUACUUAGCAUUUAGCAUCUAUUGCAUAUACAGUCCUCUUCUAUUCUUGUAUUAAUAUUAAGUACUACUAUUGUUUUAUGAAUUCUAUGCGAUAUAUAUAUCUU